GGAAGUUGUUACAACGGUGACCCGAGAGGACGGAAGUUGCUAACCGUGUGUUGGACUCGAUUUGCCCCAGUAAAGCCUGCCUUUUGUUGUGAUUUCCUGGCUAAUACGAACCAUUUUGGCGACGAUUAUCAACAAUGAUUAUCCCGGUGAGGUGCUUCACUUGUGGGAAGAUUGUGGGCAACAAAUGGGAAGCCUACCUCGGCUUACUUCAAGCAGAAUACACAGAGGGUGAUGCACUUGAUGCCCUGGGCCUGAAGCGGUACUGCUGUCGAAGGAUGCUGCUGUCUCACGUGGAUCUUAUUGAGAAACUGCUGAAUUAUGCUCCGCUGGAGAAAUAAAUCCAAGUACUUUAUGGACUUUGGAAGGUCAGGAUUUGGAGCGUCAACCCAGGACAAGACUGUUCAGUUACCCAUUUUUUUCUAAAUAAAAUUGUUGAAAAAUGUU